CUUUUCUCUGCCUUUCACAAUACUGGUGUUGUUAGAAGGAGAGCUUUGCUGGAUUCUCUCUCAGUUCGAGACUGAAACAAGCAGAAGGGAAUACACUGAAUUGGACAGCGGGGCAGAUUUUGUAGCUGCAGACGGGCUGACUGAUUUCACGUGUGGCCGAAAUGAAGAGAGCUGUGUCAUUUCUGAUCACUGUCUAUGCUUCAGUGCCGGUUGUUCUCUACCUGUUCCCCUGGAUACUGGGCCACGCCAUAUUUGCUCACUUGUUGAGGUUUCCAUUCUUUGUGGAUCUUGGCCGACCUGAAGAUGUUGUGAAUCACACAUGCAACUUCUACCUCGGCACGGAGGAAGGUAUCUCAGUGGGAGUAUGGCAUACACUCCCUGCCAGCCAAUGGGAGAAGGCCGCAGGGAAAAGCCCUGAGUGGUAUCGGGAGACUCUGGGAGAUGGCCAUCCUGUUAUUAUCUAUCUCCAUGGAAACGUGGGAACCAGGGCGAUCAAACACAGAGUAGAACUGGUGAAGGUCUUAAGUACCGCAGGGUAUCAUGUCUUAUCUUUAGACUACAGAGGUUUUGGAGACUCCAGUGGAGAGCCCAGUGAAGCUGGGUUGACCAGUGACGCCCUCUACCUGUACCAGUGGGUAAAGCAACAAAGCAGAGGGAGUCUUGUCUGUCUGUGGGGACACUCACUUGGCUCUGGGGUGGCAACUAAUGCUGCUGCGAAACUACAAGAGAAAGGCUCUGCUCUUGAUGCUUUAAUCCUUGAAGCUCCGUACACAAGAAUCGGAGAGGUCGUAGCCAAUCACCCGCUCGCUAAGAUGUACAUGUUCCUUCCAGGAUUUGAGAGCUUGCUUUGGCACGUACUGGAAAGGAACAACAUAGAAUUUGCAAAUGAUAAAAAUUUAAAGACCUUGACCAGUCCGCUUCUCAUACUGCAUGCAGAGGAUGACAACGUUGUGCCUUAUCACAUGGGUCUGAAGCUGUACCAGAUAUCACUCCAGGCUCAGAAAACACACAACACGGAUGCUCGGGUUGAAAUGAUCUCCUACACCGCAAAUCGUGGAUUCUCCCACAGCAGCAUCUACUUAGAUCCCAACCUGUCAAAUGUGGUCCAGGGAUUUCUUCAAAAGCUGAGACAGUAGACGGGCUCGAGGGAAGUGCGUGUGUUUUGCAGGUUUUUCGUUGCUUUGUUGCAUCUGUACAGAUUUGGUUUUGCCAGAAGUGGAUGAACUUCUACAAACAUGAAAUAAAAGCACUUGAUAUGAUAUAACACAGAGAGUCUUUUUUUAUUUCAACACUGGGAUGAAAUACUGUGGAUGACAAAUGAAGUAGGUUUGCAUCCUUCCUUAAUCAAGUUAUACUGAUACUGUCUGGAGUAUGGGCUUUACAGCAUAAACAUGCAGGAAUGUAAUUAGAAAUUCAGUUUAGUCAGCUGCUCUGUGACUGACAUCCUACUGAAUUCCCGAAAUGCAGAAACCCCCGCCCAUCCUGUACACCAGGAAUGUUAAAUAUGAGCAAAUCAUUUGCAAAUAUUUGACCUUUCUCUCCACAGCGACUCCACAUUUUCGGUAUGAGCUGGGGCUGAAGGACUGUAACAGACAAGUUUCAAUGCAAGUGCUUUGACAAUGAAAAAAAAAAA